AAGCAUCACAAUCCCAACUUCCCCCCUCCCCUCCCCAUCGGCCCUCUUCCUUAUCGAUAACGAAGAGUGGGAGAAGGAUGCUGGAUGGGGUGCGGUAACUUACGUCGGACAGUCCAAAGGAAGGGGCGACCUUCUCGGCGGCUAUUAAUAACGUCAUAUUUUCCGUGGUGGGGAGGAGCCCCUCCUUGAACUCCUCGAUUUCUCAUCGCCGAUUCCAUCCAAGUACUGGUAGGCCCUUGGAUUUCUUCGUCCUUUUAAGUUACUUAUUUCUUUUACGUGUCCGCAUGGUCUUCUCUUCAUUUUCUUCUUCUCCCCUCACUUGAUCCCGGGGAAACGGGCGAGCAAACAUUCGGUUUUCUUUUUCUUCUUCUUCAAGGUUCCCUCACAUAAAAUCGUUUGGAUUGCAUAUCGGUAGUUCUUUAGAAGGAAUAUUUUGUUAUAAAGCUCCCUAAUUUUCCGUCCAGAAUUCCUAUUUUAUACGUCCGGACGGGAUAAGGCUGUCGGAAUGUCGAAAGGAAUUAGAAUUGCUAUCGAUGUUAGUGUUCUCCCAUGAGGUAAUUCAUCCUUUUUGAACCAGCAUAGUAGCUGACUGCCCUGUUACCGCUAAAGCGUGGUGGAACCUUCACGGAUUGUGUUGGGAAUCCAGGCACCGGCAAACUUGAAGAUGAUGUUCUUAUCAAGCUCCUCUCCGUGGAUCCCGCCAAUUACGAUGAUGCUCCGCUGGAAGGAAUUAGGAGGUUAAUGGAGAAGUUUACCGGAGAGAAGAUCGAGCGUGGAGAUCUACUAGACACAUCGAAAAUCGGUAAGCCGAUCUCUAAAUUCCCAGCCUGUCUAACUGGGGACUAAACACUUUUUCUGCAGAAUCAAUACGGAUGGGGACAACGGUGGCUACAAACGCUCUACUCGAACGAAAAGGAGAAAAGUGCGCAUUGAUCACUACCAAGGGGUUCAAGGACUGUUUGGUUAUCGGUUAGCACUCGUCCCCGGUUAGCAGAUCGUUCACAGAGUUGACCUGCGCCUUUUCAGGAAACCAGUCCCGUCCAAAGAUCUUCGACCUCGCUAUCCGUAAACCCGAGGUCCUUUACCAGCAGGUCGUUGAGAUAGACGAACGAGUCACCCUUGAAGACUACGCUGAGCAUCCAGAUCGCGAGAUUACAGACAUUUCCAAGGCCAGUGACCCUGAUCUUGUGCGUGGUCUAUCUGGCGAGGCUGUCCGUAUUCUUGUAAGGCCUUCUGAGGAUUCCAUCCGAAAGGAUCUCCAACGGUUGUACGAUGAAGGGUUCCGGUCAAUUGCUGUUUGUUUGAUGCACUCCUACACAUUUUCAGACCAUGAGCUGCUUGUUGGCAAAAUUGCCGGGGAAAUUGGGUUCCCACACAUUAGUCUUUCAUCUCAAUUGAUGCCAAUGAUUAAGUUUGUUCCACGAGCCACCAGCGCUGCCGCGGAUGCAUACCUGACACCGGAAAUUAAGAGAUAUAUUUCAGGUUUUGAAAACGGGUUUGCCGGAGGUCUCGGGAGAGAGAGUGUGCGGAAGCAGGGCGGCAAAGGGGCCAGAUGCGAAUUUAUGCAGAGCGAUGGAGGCUUGGUGGAUGUUAGCAAGUUCUCUGGCCUCAGAGCCAUCCUUUCGGGUCCCGCCGGAGGCGUGGUCGGGUAUGCUCUGACAUCGUAUGACCCCGAAACCAAUAUACCGGUUAUCGGGUUUGAUAUGGGCGGAACAUCAACGGAUGUUUCAAGAUACGGCUCAGGGCGAUACGAGCAUGUAUUUGAGACUACCACUGCCGGUAUUACCAUCCAGAGCCCUCAGUUGGAUAUUAAUACUGUGGCAGCAGGUGGUGGCUCUCGGCUGUUCUGGAGAAAUGGGCUGUUUGUAGUUGGACCUGAAUCCGCUGGAGCUCAUCCUGGUCCUGCUUGUUAUCGGAAGGGUGGUCCAUUGACUGUCACGGACGCCAAUCUGUUCCUUGGCCGACUACUGCCAGAAUUCUUCCCGAAGAUCUUUGGAAAGAGUGAAGACGAAGCUCUCGAUGAGUCUGCGAGUGAGAAUUUAUUCAAAGAGCUGACCGAGGAGAUUAAUAAAGAAUUAUGCACAAGGGAGGGGAACAAACCCAUGUCUCCGGAGGAGGUUGCAUAUGGCUUUGUCAAAAUUGCGAACGAGUCCAUGACUAGGCCUAUCAGAAGUUUGACUGAGGCUAAAGGGUACGACACCUCCAUCCACAGGCUUUCCACAUUCGGAGGUGCGGGAGGUCAGCACGCUGUUGCAAUCGCGGAAAGCUUGGGUAUCCGCCAAAUUUUGAUCCACAAAUACUCUUCCGUAUUAUCGGCCUAUGGGAUGGCAUUGGCGGACGUUGUUCACGAAGUCCAGGAGCCCAGCUCCGCCGUAUUUGGCAAGGAGCAAAAGGCCAGCUUCGUUAGCAGGCUUGACGAGUUGAAGGCAAAGGCAACCGGCGUUCUGCUUGGGCAAGGUUUUGAUGGGGGGGAUAUCGUUCACGAAGAAUACCUCAACAUGAGGUAUCGCGGAACUGAGUCGGCCCUCAUGGUUGUCCGCCCCCGAAAGGACGAAUUCGGUGGUGAAGAAUAUGAGUUCGGUAAGGCUUUUGUGAGGCAGCAUGAGCAAGAAUUUGGCUUUACGCUUCCUAACCGAGACAUUAUGGUGGACGAUAUUCGCGUUAGAGGGGUCGGUAAGAGCUUCCGGGGGUUAGAGAAAACAGUCGAUCAACAAUUAGGGGCAAUCAACCCUACCCCAGUUGAUCAGUCAAAGCGUCACAGUAUGAAGAAUGUGUACUUUGAGGGAGGCCGACGGGAAACUCCACUUUACCGGCUCAGUGAUUUGGCUGUUGGUGAGAAGGUUCAAGGACCUGCCAUCUUGGCUGAUGGGACGCAGACUAUUGUGGUUACUCCAGGAGCGACAGCGCUGGUUAUUGAAACUCACGUAGUAAUUAACCUUGGCGACGCGGACGAGAAGCAGGCGGGACCACGAAAGAUAAGCACGAGAGAUGUUGACCCUAUUAUGUUGAGUAUCUUCGCACAUAGGUUUAUGGCAAUUGCCGAGCAGAUGGGUAGAGCUUUGCAAAAAACUAGUGUCAGCACCAAUGUUAAGGAGAGAUUGGACUAUAGUUGCGCGCUAUUUGAUGAAGAUGGUGGAUUAGUUGCUAAUGGUGGGUAUUUCUUCCUCGUCACGAAUUCUCUCGCUGACUAUUUUAGCUCCUCACCUGCCUGUCCAUUUGGGCAGUAUGUCGACGUGCGUUAGAACCCAGGCAGCCAUCUGGAAAGGCAAGCUCAAGAGGGGCGAUGUUCUCGUGUCGAACCAUCCUGAGUUUGGGGGUACCCAUCUUCCAGAUAUAACAGUAAUCACUCCCGCAUUUAAUGGCGAUAAGAUCAUCUUUUAUGUAGCAUCGAGAGCCCACCAUGCGGAUAUUGGUGGCAUUCUUCCUGGCUCCAUGCCACCCCACUCUCGCGAGCUCUAUCAGGAGGGUGCAGCUAUCAAGUCGGAAAAGUUGGUAUCUGAGGGCCACUUUGAUGAGGAGCGAAUAACUGAGCUUCUCCUCGAGGAGCCCGCGCAAUAUCCUGGAUGCAGCGGUACAAGGUGCCUCGCGGACAAUAUUAAUGACCUCAAGGCUCAGGUGGCAGCGAAUCAAAAGGGAAUCAACCUAAUUUCUGCACUAAUAGAGGACUAUGGCGAGGAUGUUGUCCAAUUCUACAUGAUCUCCAUCCAGAACAAUGCUGAGAACUCUGUGAGAAAUUUGUUGAAGCGCGUCUACAAGAGAUUUGAAGGCAAAGAACUGGUAGCGAAAGAGCACAUGGAUGACGGAAGUCCGAUUUGCCUCAAAGUUGAGAUAGACCCCGAGAAGGGAGAGGCAGAAUUUGAUUUUGGGGGCACUGGACCGGAGAUGUAUGGAAACAUGAAUGCUCCUGAGGCAGUCACUUACUCGGCCAUUAUCUACUGCCUGCGGUGUUUGAUCUCGGAGGAUAUUCCCCUGAACCAAGGGUGCCUGAAGCCAGUGCAUGUUAAGAUUCCGAGACAUUCAUUCCUUAGUCCCAGCGACGGUGCAGCGGUUGUCGGUGGGAAUGUCCUGACGGUAUGUUUCCUACCUUAACUCCAUAUUUUCUUCGUCACUAAUUUUUUUGGCAAACAGAGCCAGCGCAUUACGGAUGUGGUUUUGAAAGCAUUCAAAGCCUGCGCCGCCAGUCAAGGCGAUUGCAACAAUCUCACGUUCGGAUAUGGUGGGAGCCAGGAUGGCGGCGGCCAUGUCAAGGGAUUUGGCUACUAUGAGACAAUUGCCGGCGGCAGCGGAGCAGUAAGUUUCCAUAUUACAGUAUUCCUAGUUUGCGAUUGACCAGUACCAUAGGGACCCGAUUGGGACGGAGCUUCAGGAGUUCAUACACAUAUGACAAACACUCGCAUUACUGAUGCCGAAGUCUUUGAGCGUCGAUACCCUGUCCUCCUCCGCGAAUUCUCUAUUCGUAAGGGUUCUGGCGGUAUUGGUGCACAUCGCGGUGGCGAUGGGGUGAUCAGGGAUAUAGAAUUCCGAAUUCCAGUUCAAGUCUCCAUUCUUUCGGAGCGGAGAGUCUUCCAUCCAUAUGGCAUGAACGGCGGCAGAGAGGCCGAGUGUGGGCUCAAUCUCUGGAUUCACGGUAAAGACCAACGCCCCAUCAAUCUUGGAGGAAAGAAUACCGCUGCAAUGAAGCCUGGAGAGAGGAUCAUCGUCCAUACUCCCGGCGGUGGAGGUUAUGGUGAGCCCGAUGAGGAGAGGAAAGUCAAAAACAUUCAGGAUCCAAAACAUGCGUGGAGAGGAGGGAGCCUAGCCAGCAGGCUCUCAACACAGGAGACGAAUUGAGGGGCCAGCUGGUUUCAGACGUGUGCUUUUAUUUGCUUGAUUGUGGGCGAUUGUGUAUAUAAUUUGCUAAUCUCCCCAAACCAACUAUACCAUCAAUCUACGUGGGCUCCUUGCCCUUCUAGGGAGUGGAGUACAUAAAGUACUAGCAGAGAGGCUUCUAGAGAUCUCGUGGGCAUAGAAACGAUCAAAUUUAGUUCAUUUACUCU